GUCACUAUGAGGUCCUGAACUUCCUAUAUAUGCUAACAGCUUAUGAUACUUAAGAUUCAGAUCCUAAAAAGUGUUUGUCGUUUAUGACUGAGAAGGAUUGAAAACUGAAAGAGAAUGAAAUGCGCUGACUAUCCUCUCAUUGUGUUCUAGCGCGGUUUGUGAUAUGUAAGGUUUUAGCGGGUUAGGCCAUAUGCUUCUCAUUCCCAUUCCGAGAUUGUCUUAGUCUGAGUCUGGUGUUGGUUCUGAUUGUUGUAGAUUGAUACUGUCAUUAACUAUACGUGCUUUGUGUGCGCUUCCUGGAUCGUCGAUCCACCUUUUCUUUUUUCUCUUUACUAGUCUUCCUUACGCUACUGUAUGCUACCCUAGUAUACAAAGUAUAUUCUGGCUAGACGCGAACCUCCACAAGGUUGAAAUAUGAUACUGGCUUUGAUUCUUAAUUGUUUAUUACCUUUGUCGUUCGGUUUCGUAACUAGACACUUUCCGUGGUCAACCAUCAAGAAUCCGGAGUUCACAUAUGAAACAAGAUACUUUUGGACCAGGGUUGAUCACUUUUCUUUCGUGAAUGAUGACAAGUUCUUUAUCAAGUAUCUAAUUAACAACGAAUCGUUCACUCCGGGUGGCCCGAUAUUUUUUUACACAGGAAAUGAAGGUGCCAUAGAAAUAUUUGCAGAGAACUCAGGGUUUAUCUGGAAGCUUUCUCAAGAACUUAAUGCUUCUGUUGUUUUUGCCGAACACCGGUAUUACGGAACCUCUCUCCCAUUCGGGAACAAUUCUUUCAAAGACCGUCAGCACUUUGGUUACCUAACUGCAGAACAAGCGUUGGCUGAUUAUGUACUUCUAAUUAAUCAACUAAAAGCUAAUUAUUCAUGCUUUGCUUCAUCACCUGUAAUCGCUUUCGGAGGAUCCUAUGGCGGUAUGCUCUCUGCUUGGAUCAGACAAAAGUACCCUAAUCAAAUUGCCGGUGCUAUAGCUUCUUCUGCACCAGUAUGGCUGUUUCCCGGAUUAUCUGACUGCAAUGGUUUCAGUAUGUCAGCAACAAAUAGCUUUUUGAAAUAUGGUGGCGAGAACUGUGUGAAGAAUAUACAACUUUCCUGGAGUAAUAUUGUAGACAUAGGUCAAAGUAUUGAUGGGAAAGAAUUAUUAACCCACAUGUUUAACAUCUGUACGCCUUUAACUGAUGUUCAGAAUAUCAUAGACUACUUAUCCGAUUUUUUGGGAACGAUAUCUAUGGUCAAUUAUCCUUACCCAGCCAACUUUCUGCUUGCUUUACCUGAAUGGCCAGUCAAGUAUUUGUGUACCAAUUUAUCUGCAUACGACCCUCAACAACCUGUGGUAACCAGAAUAUCUUUAUUAGCCAAGGCUAUACUAUCACUGACAAAUUAUACUGGGAAUCAAACGUGUUUAGACAUUUCAACGAGUUCGCCAAGUCUGGACACUACUGGAUGGGAUUUACAAACUUGCAUGGAGAUGACAACACCUAUGUGUGCAUCAGGGCCGGUAAACAUCAUGCCUCCAUUAAAUUGGGAUCUUAAGUCUUUCUCAAUCUCUUGUCAAAAUCGAUUUGGUGUAAGUCCACGCGUUGAAUGGCCAAAAGUUGAAUUUUGGAGUAAAUCAGUACAUACUAUUACCAACAUAAUUUUCAGAUUAACUUUUUUUAUAUAGAACCAGAAAUAAUCUUUUAGUAACAAUUUUACAUGUAAAACCUGUCUGUAAGUGAACAUUUGGUAUAACAUUUGAAUUAUCUGGAGUCAUGACGCUUACAUGGGAACGAAAUGAAGGAACUUUCACAACAGCAAAGAUUAGAUCAGCAAUUUAAUUAUAAUAAACAAAGCAUCUAAAUUUAAACUACCAGGUUAAAAGUUUGGAACGUAUUCCAGGUAUUUCCAUUUCAGCAAGACACUAACUUCACUAGCCCUCGUCAAAAUAUAUAAGCUAAAGUCGAGUCCAUAAACCUGUGCUUCGUGAUUGCUUCACAUCAACACUCACCAACAAACGUGUUUCUUAUAAUGUUGAUGUCUUUAUCCAGUCUUACCGGGCAUACAUUUAGUAAUCUCAGUAUUUAAUCUAGAAAUUUACCUAGACCAAUGGACCUGUUAUUAAAAUUUGUACAUCAAGUCAUAUUGAAGUAAAAUUUAAAUUUGUUGCUAUCACGUUACUUGGUUCAGACUCAGUUGACUAAUAAUAUUGAAAUUCUUAAACGGUCAGUCAGCAAUUCAGUGUUGUUAGCUUAAAAAUAUGUUAAAAAUAUAUAGAUCUUUCUAUGUAUACGUAUGCAGGUAUGUACGAUUUCUUUAAUUCAACACAUGAGACAAUGUUUUUAUGUUGUUCACAUGUAAUUUAAUAUCUUUUGUCAGUAGUUGUCUUUUAGUCAUUUAACCGUUCCAACCUGCCAAAGUUUUUGUUUACCUUAAAAAGACAUUUCCAACAUAGUAAGUUAUUAUUUAUUGUCAGCAAUCAUUUGAAAAUGUGUUUGGUAAUUGCAUUAUCUAGGUUGCGGUUCGUAUGUCUAUUUUUUUCAAUACAUGAUAGUAAUAACUGGCUAUUUCGCACGCGAAUAUAUGACAGUGUCACGUAAACAUUACUCCAUGUUUAGAUUAUUGAAGAUGAAUUGCCUAAAUUACUGUGUCAAUUCUCUGUGUACUCCUUAAAACUUUAUUUCUGCAUUGUAAGACUAUCUCACUAGUCUAGACACUUGAUUCAAAACUUCUUCCUUUAUUGUCUUAAGCCUAAUGUACGUAAAUCAGUUUGAUGAGCCUCAUCAUCAUAGCUUUUCAUUAAUAAGUUUUACGCCUCAUAACGUACAUUUUCUACGUUCAGUUUGAAGUUGAAUGUACUAUUUUCUUACUGUUAAAAACUAUGUCAAUAUUUUUGUAUUCCGCUUCAAUUAAGUAGUCUAUUUGUUUACGAUAGAAUAUUUAAAUUCUUUAAUAAAUUAAUGGAUAUGUUUCUUCUUAUUUUAUUUCUAGCAAUGGUGAAAUUGAUCCAUGGUCAGCAUUAUCAAUUACAAAUAAUAGUUAUGUCCCAUUCGCUACAGUCAUUAAUAUCUCUGAUGCUGCUCAUCAUUUAGAUUUGAGAACUCCUAACCCGGCUGAUCCUCAAAGUGUGAUUAAAGCAAGAGAAAUUGAAAAACAGAAAAUAAUCCAAUGGAUAAAAGAAUGGAAACUUAAAUACAAAUUAUUGAAAUUUUUCAAUAGCAUCAGAUCAUUCAUCUCUUUACUAGAUUACCUUGGCUAAUGUUUAAAGAAAUAUUUUGUAUUUUUUGUUGUUGCAAUUUUCAUGAUAAUAAUCCUAAUUUAAACUGACAUUAUAAUUUAUAAUCAAAUUUUUUACAUCUUGAAAAGUAGUUUUUCAUGAUUGAUAUAAUUUACUCAUACAGUGUUUAUGGACGUAUUGGAACAAGUUAAAAAUUCGUUCAUUUAAAUAGUGCGAACGGAUCCGUAAAGCGUAGUUAGAAAUUAUUGUUGGUUAUAAAACGUAAAGUAAACAACACUCUAGUAGGUCUUUUUCUGCUCUGCAAUUAGUGAGCACGAAAGUUUCAAGCCAAAUGUGGUCAACAGCGUUAUGUACUGCUACCGUUAUCCUUAAAACGUUGAGAUCAUGUAAAUAAUGUUUAUAUCUGAUAGAGGAAUCAUACGUACAUAGCUUAUUUU